AGUUAAUGUGAAAAAAGAAGAGAAAUUAAAAUGUUUAAUAGGUUAACCUAAACAGAUACUUUUUGAAUACCUUAUUAUCUCAAAAUUUCGAUAUAAUUAUAAUUAAAAACUCAAUAGUUUUUCAAUUAAUGUAUGCAGAAAAAUCGAAAAGUUUAACAGCGAAAUGGAAAAAGUCUAUGAUGUUAAAGGAUUCCGUGCUACUGAAAAUUUCUCCACUGCUGAGUACUUCAAAAAAUUUGGUAAAGUGUGUCCAGCAGAGAAAACAACAACGAUUGGAAAAUUCUUUGAGUUAAUGGGUAAUGUUGAUUUAAGUCAAUUUGGAAUUGACUUCACUCAACUAGAAAUAAUGUGCGAUGUUGAAAAUCUUAGAUUGCCAAACGAACCUGUACAUAUGCCAAUUGAUAUUCCAGAAAAAUUAUGCACCCAAACAAAAUUACCAGAUAUUUUUCCUAUAAAUAAAGAAGCAAGACAUUUGAAUAUGAUAAGAACAAAAGAGGCUUUAGACUCAAUAAGAACUGCUCCAGAUUUCAAAUUUGGAGGUAAAAGAUAUAUAAGAGCAAAUGUAGCUGAAACGAGGAACACAGAUGAUAAUCAAGAUAUUUGUCCCGGUGAUGAUUUUAUUUAUUCAAUUAUAAUUUACAAGCCUUGUAGUAUAUAUCGAGGUCCGAAAAAUUCAGGAGAAAAGUUGAGAUUUGGAUUCGAAAUUGAAGCACUGGGAAGAAAUGUUUUAUCAGAUGUGAUCGAUAUAAUUGACUGUGAAAGUAAUUUUAGGGUUGUUAAAGAAGUAGAAAAUACUAACGCUGAGGUAUCAGAUUUUAAGGAUGCUAAGAAAAAAUAUCCUUCACAAACUGUCUUUAUCGACGGAGUAUUUUACAAUGAUACUAGAAUUCCAGAAGCUAUUGACUUGUCACCAAAAAUUAUAAAAUGGGCUAAGGAAAAAGAUAUCGGAAAUUUUACCACUGCCAAAAUGCAGGAAGUGACCCUUUCAUCAUUGAAACCACGUUUCGGUUAUCCAUACGUCUAUAUCCAUCAAGGUGAUUGUGAGCAUAUUUUCGUAUUUAGCGAUGCUCGAUUAAUACAAACAGAAGAUUGUCUCACAAGUAACAAAUAUCCAAAAAUCACUUCCUUCAGUAGAACAGUCAACAUUAUGUGCUUCAUUUGUGGAUCAAGACCAUCUAUGUGGAUGGUUAAUAAAUGCCAAUUAUUUCCACAAGAAAAAAUUUUCACCUGUACAGAAUGCUGUGAUUCAUAUUUAUAUUUAAAUAAUAAUAAGGUUACAGAUUUUAAGCUAUUUCCAUUUUUUCAACAAAAAUGAGUUUGAAUUCAAUUUGAUGCUACUUAUAAGCUAUAAAAUAUAUUUAUUUUUUGUUCUUUGAUAUUAUGAAUAACUGUAAUUGUUGUGAUUUAAAACAAUGUUAUUAGACAAGAACUAGUUGGCUAAGUAUUUGAUAUUUGCACUAAUUUUAAUAAAUCUCUGCAUUUAUUAAAACAAAAAAUAUCAAGCUGGCAGCAAACAUCCAGUUCCACUAACCUUGUAUUUAUUUGAAUUUAUUUUGUGAACAUCAGUUUCAAAUUUGAUAUCAGCUUAAUCUGCUAUCUCACAGAGCUGACUUGUAGGUCCCCUUCUAUUUAAUUUUUCCAUUAAUGCGGAAUACAAUAAAAAAUAUUUACUCUGACAUUAAAACCUGCGAAGUUAAUCAAAUAUUUUAUACAAAGAAUAAGCUCUUAAUUGGUCCCAUAGAAAUAGUCCAAACUUUCAAUUAAUUUUUUGCAAAUGCUGGGAACAAUUUAGCAAGGGAAAUUAAAAAACCAAUGAUACUGUCACAAAAUUAAGCCUCAUACCGUAUCUUCCUUGAACUCGCGAAGGCCUUUGACACUGUUAGUCAUUCGCAGUUGUUGGAAUCUUUGCGGGACUUUUCCUCUUAACCCUUGAUAUAAACAAUAUGUUCCUUUUGGAUUACUAUAGUAUUAAAGCCACAUCUGAAAUAUCAAGUCUAUAUUAUGACACUCUAAUAAACAUAUAUUUUAUUUUAUCAAAAUAACAUAUUAGUAUAUUAAUUGGUAAUUGCGGUUAAUUUGUACAAGGCAAUCUAUCCUUAAUCCAUUCCAUACAUCCUCAAGAUUCCUUUAAAAUUAAUUUCAUCAAAAAAACAGAUACCUGCUAGAUCAAGCGGUAGGAUCUUAGACUAUUUAGACCAGAGCGGUGACAAAGAGUUGCAUCCGAUAUUCAAGAAGUUGGGCUCAAGAAGGAGAGGAGCCUAAAGAGAUUCUUCUUGUCUUGUUAAUCUAAUUUUUUUAAAACUAUUAAACGCAAAAUAAUAUAAAUAAUCAAAAAGCUAUAUGUAUUAAAGCAAUCUUUAAUGUAGGAGGCUUGAUAUAAUUUGCAUUCCAACAAAAAAAACGACGAAUAGUUCAAAAUCUGUUUAAAGCUGAGUAUUGAUAACGGCACUUAACUAAGUGUGUCUAUAUAUUUUUAAAGUGCCGUUGAAGCAAGACAAAUAUUGUGCUCUUAAUAAUUAAUAACAUUUUCAGAAAACAUCUUCACUUUUUGCUGAUCAAAUGCAUCAACUCCGUGUUAAUCUUGCAUUACAU